UUCAGUACUCAGGAAGUGAGUGCAGGGCCCGAGCUGUUACUACGCUUUCACUGUCAUACAUUUACACCAAGAAGUUGUUUGUUUGCUGUUUCGACAGACCAUUUCGACCCGAAAUCCCGACUGCAAUCGCAGGGGACUCUGCAACACUACGAGUAAAAGGAUCUAACCAGCAGAAAGAUCUCCUCGUCAUCUUGAGUACGAUGGCCAACACGGCUGGCACAGCAGCUUUGUGUGGUGAUCUCAAGGCCUUUCUAAGCCAAAACCUUUCCAAAGGCAACAUUUCCCUGGUAACGCCGUCCAGCUACAGCCCAGCCACCAAGAUUACACUAGGAACGGUUAAUUCAAAUGUGGGAGCCCAAAUGAUUUUAAGUACGCCACAGAGAGUGCCUCACCCUGGAGGUAUCCUCAUCGGCAGCCCAUUUACGCCGCACACAACGCCGGUUACCAUGGUUACUCAGGCACACCCUCCCGAGGGCAAUGAGUGGACCCCGGGAAACAAAAAGAGGACACAUGACUACAUGGAUUCAUAUUACUCAGAUAGGGAUGGCCUGUGUUCAAGUGACUCUUCAUCCAGUAAAAGAAUGAAGAGGGCUGAUAAGAAUGGUAAAGGCCUGAGGCACUUCUCCAUGAAGGUGUGUGAGAAGGUACAAAAGAAAGGCACCACAUCCUACAAUGAGGUGGCCGAUGAGUUGGUGGCUGAGUUCACUCACGCAAGCAGCCUGAUGCCUGCCGACUCGCAGGUGUAUGACCAGAAGAACAUCCGCCGGCGUGUGUACGACGCGCUUAAUGUGUUGAUGGCCAUGAACAUCAUUUCCAAAGAGAAGAAGGAGAUUCGCUGGAUUGGCCUGCCCACAAACUCGGCUCAAGAGUGCCGAAAUCUGGAGCUGGAAAAACAGAAACGUCUGGAAAGAAUCCGACAGAAAAGAGCCCAGCUAGAGGAGCUGAUAUUACAGCAGAUCGCAUUUAAGAAUCUGGUACAGAGGAACCGGGCCAAUGAAGCAUCAUUUCAGUCAACACCCCCUCCAGGAUCCGUUAUCCAGCUUCCCUUUCUCAUUCUCAACACAGACGUCCGCACCGUCAUCGACUGCUCCAUCUCUAGUGAUAAGUGUGAAUACCUCUUUAACUUUGACAACACAUUUGAGAUCCAUGAUGACAUUGAGAUCCUGAAGCGAAUGGGCAUGUCUUUGGGGCUUGAGAACGGCACAUGCUCUUCGGAGAACCUCAUCAUGGCCAAAUCUCUAGUGCCCAAGUCACUGGAAACUUAUGUCACUAACAUGGCCAGAAACACCAACAGAACACCUCUCAGUCACAGAAGUCACAGCAGCACUGCCCCUUCACACACCUCAGAGUCUCGCGGUCAAACGCCCAGCUCCUUUAAUGAGGAAGAGGACGAUGAUGACGAAAAUCCCUCAUCCCCAGAGUGAAGCUCAGCUCUGCGGGAUGUCGGCUCUCUCUCUAUGCUGGGACAGGAUUCCCGAGCAGUGCUAGGGAGGAAUGCUACACAGGAAAUAAGCUGCCACUCCUCGCUAUAUUAUGAUAUUUUUAACUUCCCUCACAAUCUCUCUCUUCCUCUUUCCCAGUUUGCCACUAUUUUUGUGGAGUUUUUGCCUCUGAGAGAGACAUUUUGCUUUAUUUCUGUGGUUCUUUUUUACAGUAUGCUAUCAGAUUAACGAGCCGCAGGUCGGGGCGAAUAAAUGAAGGUUAGCAGAUGUUUCAUGAAAGAUCCUCUGUUAAACUCUCUCAAGUCAUCUCAGUAUGCUUACUUUCUCUGCUUCCUUUCCAGAGGACUUUCAAAUUCUUUCUGAAAAUCUAUUUAUUUCGGUCAUAUUUAAAUAUGACAUAACAGCAUAGUCCAGCGGGCUAGGGCCACUUUAUUUUCUUCUCUCUGGGGAUCGGAAAGUAUUGUCCUGCUCUUACCUGUUUCUGUGUUCUUUGAUUGGAAGGAAUUUACAUCCUUGCAGAAAAAAAUUUAAAAUUGUCUUUUUUAUAGAUUGAUUUAAUGUCAUUUUGUUGUAUUGCAUAGUUUACUUCUUGUCAUUUACUGCAAUAGUUGAAGGGAAAUGAAAUAAUGAUAGUCCACAUGUUGCGUCAAGCUGUUUGAACGUUGCAUGUUGGGAGAUGUUGUCUUCGUGUGUGUGUGUGUGUGCGUGCGCACGCGUGCUCGUGCGCGUGCGUGCGUGCAUGUGAUUUAAAAAAACAAAACAUUUUUGUUACAAUUUAGAGUGGCCAAUACAAAGGAAACUACCCUGAUCCGCUCAAGUUGCCAUUUUAAACAGACUCAACCUUACAGGAUAACUAAUAUGACUUUUUGGUUUGCAAUUGUAACUAUGUACAUGUAUGCAUACAGUAUAUAAACAUAUAAUUUUGGUUA